AAUAUCCAAAAUAUUCAAAAAAAUAGUAUUUUAUGUAGAAAAUAAAUAUAAAUACAAUUGGAUAUUCAUAUUAUCCUAAAAGUUAUAUAAAAAUGUUUAAUUUUCAACUGCUCAGUCAGUUUUCAAGAUUAGCCAUAGGUGCCUCGUCUGUAGUGAAUAAAUCGGUUAAUGUUAGAGGUAUUUAUACAACAGGAGUUCAGCAAUUUAAUGUAACCAAUCAGUUAUGGGCUGAACCCAUGAGAAAAAAGAAGAAAAUGGAUCCUGCCAUAAUAAAAGCUCGGGAAGAGAGGAGGAGAAAGAAGAUUGAGAAACAAAUCAGACGGUUGGAGAAGAAUGCAAGACAAUUGAAGCCAAUUGAUGAAGUAGAACCUCCACUACAUCUAUUGGAUCAACUGGGUAAAAGAAAAAGGAAUGUUGUUGUCACUCCCGAGCAGGAGGAGGCCAGGGCUCUGCUCCUGAAGGAUUGGACCCGCUACAAGAGGGAGGAGUACAUCAGUAAUGUAGCACAGGUGGACAGAAUCAUGGCAGCGCAGCGGAGAGCAUUAGACAUGUUGUAUGAGGAGUCAGAAGAUUUGUACAAUGAAGCUUUAAUGCCGGACCUAUCUUUAAUUCCUUACACUAUCAUGGGCACAUAUGCUACACCACCAAUCAAGAACUAUGACUCCCCAGACGGAGAGUACCAAGAUGUGUCAAAGGAAUGGGGGAACAAGUAACAUAAAUAAUUAAUAAUAAACUUAUAUGUAUGUAGUCA